GUGACCGCUGCAGGCAUAUCUUCCGGCUGACUCACGCCGAUCUUAUCCCAACCUCCGCGCGACCGUGCCGGCCCCGCAGCCAGCAGAUUCAUCCAUCCUUUCCAACACACCUCGCGAAACAGCAGCACCUAGCCCCGGGCCGGCGAUGGACGGCGGGAAGAAGGGCGGCCGGGACCGCAGGGCGUCGCAGGAGCGCAGCGACCGCAAGUCGGGCACCGGGAUGAGCGGCGACGCCAAGAAGGGCGGCCGCGGCGGCAAGUUCACCUGGGAGGGCGCCGACGGCUACACCGACGAGGACCUCGACCUCGUCGCCAGCAGGGGCGCGGGGGCCGGCGCCGACUCCGCCUCCGGCAACAAGAAGUCCUAGGUGGAUGCCUGCUCGCUCGUCGCCUUGCCGUCCGUCCGAUCGAUCCAUAGCUUUCUCAAUCGUCUCAGUUGCUGAAUAAUUAGAUCGAGCCGUGGCGUCUUUGGCGUGUACAUAUGAUCUACUAGUAUUUCCAGUCGUGGACUCGCGAAUAGGUGUCUGGAUCUCGCAUGGUUGUUCCUUGUGCGUUGAUUUCUGCUUAAUUCACCGAUCCAUCAUGUUAUCGCACGAUGCGUAUGCUUUCUUCA